CAAAAUAACCUAGGGAAAGGUUAUAAAUAAUUGAAUUCCUGCCGCUAGUUGUGUUGUAAAGCACCUUGAAAGACCUGUCGACCGGGAUUACACACAGCGCUGCUGGGACUCACCCUUCACCUGAUCAACAAGAAGAAACACGGGUUGAUUUAAAAAGUUUGAUAGUUCGUCUCGUCGUCAGUGUUUCUGUUUUGACACCUUUGGAAGACAUCGAGUGUAAAUACUUUGGCGUUUUCGAUUCACGCGACGCUUCUGAAACUUCUGCGUGCGUAACGACAUUGGGAGACGAAAUGGGGGACAAUGAUGUUCAGAUGGAGAGUACCGAGCAAAUGCAGGAGCCUCACGCUUCAAGCUCGGACAAAAUCGACUUGUCAUUAGAUGACAUUAUAAAGCUGAAUAAGAAGGAACUGAAGGCAAGCCGAGCUGGCAACAUCGCUAAAACUAAACGUGCUGCUCACAGGAACAACGUCUUGAAGAAACUCCACCAGGUUCCACAGCAGCAGAGGGGACUCAGACGAGGGGCACAGCAGUACAGAGGGCCUGGCAGGGCGAGAGGUUUGAGGAGACAAAGGGGAUCCGGGAGGGACAUGAUGUCGAGAAGGGGUUCAUUAAAUAUAGCUGCUGCCACUGUCACGACCAGUGAACAUUUUGAUCAGACCACAUUCACAUCGAGGGGGACAUUCAGAGGACGAGGAAGAGGUAGAGGAAGAGGCGGCGGACUGAGCAGGGGUGCAUUGUCAGCAAGAGGACAGAGGGGUGGAAGACCAUUUGUAUUAGACAGAGGGUUUUCUGCUACAAAAAGAGCUGAGAGAUUACAGAGGUAUCAGACGAUAAGAAGCGAAGAACAGCACCAUCUGGCUCCACGCUCACAGUUUCUCUGCCAAAUGCUAAACCUGCACCUGUCGCUGUGACGACAUCUAAUCAGACAAGGAGGGGUGGGGCAGUGUUAAGGGGCAGAUCAUCUGGAGGAGCCGGUAUUUCUUCACCUAAGGGGAUUCCUCUGCAAUUUAACUACAAAGCAGCCAGUAACCAGACUGCCGUAUACCUUAAUGACCGCUUCACUGACCUGAGGUUUAGAGUGCGAGGACGGGGCUGGGGAAGAGGAAGAGGAGCUCUUGGAGGAGGUGGAAGAGGAAGAGGAAGAGGAAAUAUCUUUGGUGAUGGACGAGGUAGAGGACGAGGAAACUUUAUAGGUGGUGGCAGAGGCAGAGGACGGGGUGGGGUUGGUGUGACAGGAGGAGGAAGGGGCUUGAGAAGAGGGAGGGGAGGAUCAAGAGGAGCCGAUCGAACAGUAACUCUUCAGUGAUUAGAGUUACUACCAUUCAGUUUUAUGAAGUAGUAGUGUUUACUGUUAGUGAUGCACUGAAAUUUCCACAACCAACAAUAUUGGGGCGAAACAGAAAAAAAAAAAUCAGUUUCAUCCGAAAUAGUUUUGGAGGCCUGAAAUCAGUGACGCUUAACUACGACUGGUAAUAAACAGUUCAAUUACCCAAAUUUAAUUGACAAAACUUUUUUUCAGUUUCAGUUUUCAGGUAAAUGAAAAAUUUAAUUAGUUUUGGUAAAAAUAAAUAAUAACAAUAAUAAUGAUAAUUUUGGUGCAUCACUAUUUGCUGUAAUGAUGUCAUUCAACUAAAUAUUUUAAAGAUUUCUGUCAGUGUACAAACCAAAAAUUGUCCUUUUUAAAAGAAAAUGUUAAUUAUUUUGUUAUUAUGUGAUGAAGGUUUUUACAGUUUUAGGUUAUGGAAAAAUACUAUUUAAAUGGUACCUCAGAGGGUAAUGAAAUGAAAGUUGUUUACAUUUUAUAUCAUCAUGUCAAUAAACACCAAACAAUGGAAUCUUUUUUUUUUUUUUUUUUUGAAGAAACAUUUUGUAUUAUUAUUAUUGUCUGAUUUGUCUGUCUGUUUAUUUGAACAUGCUGCUUAAAGGGAUAGUUCACCUAAAAAUGAUCAAAAACAUCAUUUACUGACCUCCAUGUCAUUCCAAAUAUCUAUGAUUUUUUUUAUUUUUUCUUCUGUGAACAAUUCUGGUUACCAAUGACUUACAUUGUAUUGACAAAGUUUCUUACAGUGUCUGUGAGUGAGUAAAUGAUGUCCAGAUUUUCAUUUUUGGGUGAACUCUUAAUGCAAAAAUCAGUGAGGGUUUGGUUCUUUGGCUAUUUGAGUGGAUAUUGAGACAUUUUUAUGCCAUGUUCCAAGCACUAUUCAGCAAUUAAUAUAAAUAUAAAAAUAUCAAACCAGUCCAGGUGUUUCAUUAUUCUUUAAAUAUUAUCUAAACUGUUCUUAAUUUAAAAUGAUCAUUGCUUUCAUGUUGUUGGUCCAUUACCUCAUUUUCGUGAGAAAACAAGAGCACAAACAUGAGCAAGUGUUAACAAUGGAUGAAUUCUGUGAUUUUCUGUCAUAAUAGUUGUUUUGUCUCACAUGAUGUUAUCCAAAAAAAAAAAAAAAUUAUGUCAUACAUCA